UCAAAGACAAAACCAGCUUCUAACUCUCUGGUGUUUUCAUCAUUAUUUCUCUCCGUUGUUUGCUUAGCGGGACUGAUUCACGUCGAGAUCGAGCUUCACGCUCAUCGACAAAUGCUUCAAGUCUUGAAUCAACCAAAUGAAGAGAAACUUACGCUGGAGAACGCAGCAUAUGACGGAAGGACAAAUGAGAGGAAUAUGUUACACCCUAACUCAUACAAAGAACCAAAAAUUCGUCACAAAAGGUACGUAAAAAUCACAGAAAGGAGUUCGAACGCCAGUAGCACCAUCGAUCGUGAAGCGAUCAGAAAGGAAGUACGACUUGUUAUCAGCAACCAAGCCUGCAGUAUCCACUGCCCCAAGAGCAUCAGGGGAAGACGUGGCAGACCUGGUCAAAGAGGCCCACCCGGCCAUCCAGGUAAGCAUGGACCACCCGGGCCACAGGGAUUAGUGGGAACGAAAGGAAAACAGGGCCUCCAGGGAAUUCAGGGACCUCCCGGACCUAUGGGCCCUCCUGGAGCCAGGGGUGCGCCUGGUAAAUCUAUUUCAGUCCCCUCUAUUGUGACACCUCCCAAGUCCACAGUUGUAAACGAAACUGGUACAGCCUCGUUUGAAUGUGAGGUUGAAGGAAACCCACAGCCAAAAGUCACAUGGCUGAAGGAUAACUCCAGUCUUCCCGCGAACAAACGAAUUAUUCCGUCAGAUGCAGGACUGCUGAUUAAUGACGUAAGGUUAGAAGAUGGUGGAAUGUACACCUGCGUCGCAAGAAAUAUUCUUGGAAAGAUGAAGUCAUUGGCUGAGCUGUCUGUUCAAGUUGGAGCGUUGAUCAUCCAAAAACCCUCAUCUGUUAUUGUUGAAGAAGGACACAAAGUGAGUCUGGUCUGCUCAGCCACUGGUCAGCCAACGCCAACGGUCACGUGGCGAAAAGCAGUCGGUCACAUGUCAAAGGAAAGAUCAAGAGUUCUUGAUGGCAGACUGGAAAUUACCAAUGUGACUAAAACAGACGGUGGAGACUACAUAUGUUUGGCAAAGAACUUACUAAGAGAGGACUUUGCCUUUUCCCAAGUUAUGGUGCUGGAGCAACUCAUGUUCACUUUACCUCCUCCGAGUAAAAUUUUAAGAAAGGCGUAUAACGAUUUGAAAAUGAAUUGCUAUGCAGAUGGAGCCAGAGUAAUCCUUUGGCAGAGGGCAGGCCUAGGUCUUCCUCCAGGUCAUAUCCUUUAUCCAAAUGGAUCUUUGCUUCUUAAAAAUGUUUCCCCUGAUGAUGCUGGAUCCUACUCUUGCAUCGCCCGAAAUUUCCGUCGAUCCAUAUCAGCAAACACUGUGCUUGAAGUUAGAAAAUCAACCUUAUUACGCUCUUGUAGUGAAAUUAAAAAACACAUUAGGGGAAAAUCUUCAGGUAAUUUUAUGAUAGACCCUGAUGGCAAAGGAGGCGUAACACCUUUCAGUGUGUAUUGUGACAUGAAUGACAAGAGCGGAGUUGGCGUGACCACCAUCAGUCACGACAGUGAAAACAGAAUCUAUGUCAGUGGAUGUGAAAGCAGGGGAAGUUGCAGAAGAGAUGUGCACUAUACUGGAGUCAACACCGCUCAGCUCGCUGAAUUAACUCGCGUCUCACGGAAUUGUGAACAGUUUAUCAAGUUUGAGUGCAAUAAUGAUGUUGCAUUCAUAGACAUGGGUUAUGCCUGGUGGGUGUCACGUGAUGGAACGCGGAUGAACUAUUGGGGCGGAGCUACAGGCCGUGAUAAGAUGUGUGCGUGCGGAGUGACGAACUCUUGUUCCAAUGGGAAAAAAUGUAAUUGUCAUGAACACAACGGUGGCUAUGGCUGGAGAGAGGAUAGUGGUCUGUUGACAGACAAGUCUGUACUUCCAGUGACACAAAUAAGACUUGGAGACUUGGGAGACCAACAGGAGGAAGGAUAUCAUACAUUGGGGAAACUCAAAUGUUUUGGUGUGGCUUAGGUUGUACAGCAUUGAAGUUACUUGGCUGCUAAACAGAGUACCGUUAAAGCAAUUUUUUAACGGUUUUUGUUUUGUUUAAAAGAUACCUUACCGAAUCUGUAGGAAA